UGUUUUUAUGUCAUUUUUAUUUCUAGGGUUAUGUAUUCUUUUUAUGACCCGCUUGUACGUGGGUGAAUCCUCCACCCAGAACAUCGUGUUCAUUCCGUGGUGUCUGGAGGAUGCAAAAAAACGAAACCAGCGGCUUCUCCUGAACCGACGACGAGGUCAAGAACCAGGAGGACGUCGUGUAUGGGAUCGUCCUUGUCGGAUCUUUUCCAGCAGACUGUGUGUGUGUGUGUGUUGAAGGAAAAGAAAACCGGCAGCUAGAUCCGAUUCAGAUCCCACGAAAUACAGUGUGUGCCAAAAGUUUGUGAGCAUAUAAUCUUAUGUGGCUCUCAUAAUAAGCUCCACUCUUCUGGGAAGAUGUGGCACUCGAAAUCUUGUGGAAAUUUGUGUAAGAUUUCAUUCGGCCACAAGGGGGCGUUAGUGAAGUAUGGAGAUGAAGCGGUGAGGAGGUGAGGAGACCUGGAGUGCCAUCAGUAUGAACAAUUCAUGGGGGUUUAUAGGUGUAAAUGUCCUCCUGGAACAGGUUUGGGGUCUUCUAGUUUGAGGGAACAGUUUGAGGAAGAAGCACAUUUCGGGUGUCUUAAUACUUCUGGCACCACCAUGUAGUUCCUCUUGACUUGAUCAACACCACUUUAGAGAACAUGUUCUGAAAUCGUACACACUUAUUACACAAAAUCUGGAUGUACCACAAUAGCUGUAUCUGUAUCUGUAUUACACAAUAUAUGUGGGCGUGGCCUAAACCAGGAAGACCACGAGAGUCCCUCCCAGCAACAGCCCUCAAAACACUGUGUGUGUUUGUGUGUGUGUUUGGGGGACGUAAUUCCGGGAACCAGAUGUAGAUCUAAAUGAACGUAGCCUUUCUUUGUUUUACAAGAUUCAUAUCAAACAUCUGACUCACGUCCACGUCUCCUUCCGUCUCGUCCAGAUGUCCUCUGGACCUUCUAGGCCCAGCUUUCAAAACUCUUUGCCCUACUAUUUUGUGUAUCUACAUGAUUCUGAAGGACGUGUGUUCGUAUACGGUUGCGUCUCUUGAGAACAAUAUCGUGCCCAGGUGGGUGUGUCCAUGGUGGGUCGUGGAACUAAUGUGGGCGUCGCCCCGGUGGAGGACAUGCAAGCGCUAUCCAUCAUCGCUCUCUCUGCUGCCGAGCUUGAGCAGCAGUACGAGCUGAUCGGGCCGUUAGGGAAGGGAACGUACGGCCGAGUGGAUCUGGUAGCCCACCGAACGCAGGGCACCAAACUGGCCCUGAAGUAUGUCAGCAAGAGCAAGACAAAGCUUCGGAGUUUCCUCCGUGAGUACAGUUUGACGGCAGCAUUGGGCUGCAGCCCGUUCAUCAUCAAAGCCCUGGACGUUCUGUUCGAGACCGAAGAGAGUUACGUGUUCGGCCAGGAGUACGCCCCUGCAGGAGACCUCUUUGACAUCAUACCUCCUCAGGCGGGUUUGCCUGAGGACAUGGUCAAGCGGUGUGUGCAGCAGCUCGGCUUGGCCCUGGACUUCCUGCACAGCAAAAGCCUGGUCCACCGAGACGUGAAGCCAGAAAAUGUGCUCCUCUUCGACCGUGAGUGCCGGCACGUAAAGCUAGCCGACUUUGGCAUGACGCGCAGAGCGGGCAGCCGCGUCAAGCGAGUCAGCGGGACCAUCCCCUACACAGCGGCCGAGGUGUGCCAGGCCUCGGGCUCCGAGGGCAUCGUUGUGGCGAUGCCGCAGGAUGUAUGGGCGUUCGGUGUGCUCCUUUUCUGCAUGCUAACUGGCAACUUCCCUUGGGAGGCGGCACUGCCCAGCGACAACUUCUAUGCCGAGUUCCAGCGCUGGCAGCACGGUGCUUGCCCCCCUGGCGCUGUUCCCUCGCAGUGGCGCCGCUUCUCCGACGACGCCCUGCACAUGUUCGCCCGCCUCCUGGCACCCGAGCCCGAGCGCCGCUGCGGGGUUAAAGAGGUUUUCUACUUCCUAAAAUACGACCUGCUUGCACACCAUCGCCGAAGAGCUUCCUGUCGGGCCUCGAGAGCUGCGCGGGGCUCCGCCCACAAGCAUGGAGAGCACACCUCUGUCUUGGCCACGCCCUGCCUUCGACCCACGCCUCUCAAACGUAGCAUCCUGUCCGAGCCGCACUCGUCGAGGGAGGAGCUUUCAAAAAGCCCCUCCCCCAACCGACAGGACAAGAGUAAGAUGGUGAUGGCCACUCCCAUUGAGAUCUGCGUAUGAAAAGUGAUGCACGUUACAGAAUACAAUUGCCCUGGAACUGGAAUCCAUGAAUCUUCCAAAAAUGGUAUCAUGGUUCUUGAUUAGCGGAACUUCAGGACGGAUGAACGUAGACGUCAGGUAGCCUUUCUUCUUCCUGUCUUUCUUCCUUUGGUUACGGACCAGACGUGGUCCCACCCUCUAGUCACGUGACUGAACAAACCAGCCUUUCAGAGACUGAUUUUUACAAACAGGCCAUAUAUGGUCACUUCCUGUAGGACAUCUCUCUUCAAUCUGUAGACGACAGGGAUUCUUUAUUAUUAUUAUUAUUAUUAUUAUUAUUAUUAUGAUUAUUAUUAUUGAUAUACGCAGUAAGUGUGUGUGUGUGUGUGUGUGUGUUUAGUAGUUCUGUAUAAAAUUUUUAUAGCUUAUUAUAAGGACUGUUGUUGAGAAGCUAAACCAGGACAUAAUGUUUAGGUAGUGCCACGAUGUAGCUUUUAAGAAGAAGAAGAAGAACUAUUUCUAGCCUGAAGAUCAGUAGCUUUUUUUUUUUCCUGCAGAAGAAGUCAGACAUUUAGUAUUUUUAAUAUUCAGGUCAGGAGAGGAUUGCUUUUAAACUUUCUGAACAAAAAUAAGAAAGUAGGCCACAGGAGGUGGAGCAGCGAUGCAGACGAACAGCUGCUCGAGUUCGAGCAGGUGGAUUAUGAUGAGAAAAAAAUAAUAGUACGGACGGAAGAUGAAAAAAGAAACUUGCCGACGGGCGAAUGGGGUCUGAUGUUUUUCCGGGGGGCGGGGGUAUUUAAUGAUGUAGCAGACGGAACGAGAGGCGAUUGUGUUAACGAAGGAUCGUUCUUUGUUGAAUAAAAUGAUAAAACGAACGAGACAAACUGAACUGUGGACAUUUUUGUGGCAGGACGUAAAUGGGAGACAAAAAAAAAAAAAGAAACGAAUGCUCAGCAAUACAUGACGUGAUUGGCAAAAAAAAAGGAAAGUAGAAUAUGAGGUAUAAAUAACUGAGCUAAUUAAAACAACACGAAACAGGCACACACAUUAGGAAAGCAAAUCUGUCUGUCUGUCUGUCUGUCUGUCUGUCUGUCUGUCUGUCUAUCCAUCUAUUUUUUUUCUUGCAGGCUAGACUGAGGUAUAUUUUUAAUCAUGUCUCAUUUCCCCUUUUUAUUAUUCACUUCCUUGUUUAUUUAUGAAUGAAUGAACGAAUUCG